GCGGGCGGCGGCGGCGGCUGGCGGGGCCUGGGCCGCGCCUGUAGCGGAGCGGCGGGAGCCUCGGCGGCGGAUAUAAACCAGAGGGACCUGAGGAUACUCUGAAGACACUGAAAAGUUGCAGUCGUUUAUUUGGAAUACACGUUAUGAACCCUUUCUGGAGCAUGUCUACAAGUUCUGUGCGCAAGAGACCUGAUGCUGAAGAGAAAACUUUGAGUGGAGAGCUGCGAACUAGUCCUCUACGAGCAUCUACAAAGAAACAGUUGCCUUCUAUUCCAAAGAAUGCUGUGCCAAUAACCAAGCCUGCUUCACCUGCUACAUCAUCCCAGUCGACAAAUGGAACACAUGCUUCUUACGGGCCUUUUUAUUUGGAGUAUUCCCUCCUUGCAGAAUUUACCUUGGUUGUAAAGCAGAAAUUGCCAGGUGUCUAUGUGCAGCCAUCUUACCGAUCAGCAUUAAUGUGGUUUGGUGUAAUAUUCAUAAGACAUGGGCUCUACCAGGAUGGUGUGUUUAAAUUUACUGUCUAUAUUCCUGAUAAUUACCCAGAUGGAGACUGCCCGCGCUUGGUUUUUGAUCUGCCUGUCUUCCAUCCGCUAGUAGAUCCUUUAUCCGGUGAACUGGAUGUGAAAAGAGCAUUUGCAAAAUGGAGGCGAAAUCAUAAUCACAUAUGGCAAGUAUUAAUGUAUGCUCGCAGAGUCUUCUACAAGAUUGAUACAACUAGUCCUCUGAACCCUGAGGCUGCAGUGCUAUAUGAAAAAGAUAUUCAGCUGUUCAAAAGUAAGGUGGUGGACAGUGUCAAACUAUGCAGCAGUCAUUUAUUUGAUCAGCCCAAAAUAGAGGAUCCCUAUGCAAUCAUUUUUUCUCCAUGGAAUCCAGCUAUACAUGAUGAAGCCAGAGAGAAGAUGUUGACUCAGAAGAAGAAGCCAGAAGAUCAGCACUGCAAAAGCACACAUGUUUCUGGCCUGUCGUGGGUGAAGCCUGGCUCAGUUCAGCCUUUCAGCAAAGAAGAGAAGACGAUGCCUACUUAACUUGGCUGGACGAUGGUGCACAAAACACUUUCUAUGGGUGGAGGGAAUGUAAUGGAGGGAGAAACAGCACAGCAGCAGUUUCCUUCUUGAGUACGGAUUAGUGAAAACUGAACAGUAGCAGUGACUCCAGUAAACCUGUUCAAUGGAUUACUGACUCUUAAUGUUUUACAUACGCAUUAGGUUUUAAAGGCUUGCCUGGAGUUUGAAAGUCUCUCUUGAACACUGCAGUACUUCUACCUGAAGACUGUCUAGAGUGGGUAAUUCCUCAGGGCUCUGGAAUGCCUGGAGGUUUUGGGUUGGUUUUUAAGCUUUUAUUUUUUUCCUCCAGGAAUAGCAAUUUUUUUAAAAAAAUCUUAAAUUACUGGCAGAAAUAUUAGCAUUGGAAAUAUGAUGCCAGAGGUAAGCUGUGUUCAUGUAAACUAAUAUAGCAGAGUUAAACACUAUAUUUAAUGGUUUUAAAUACUUUUGAUUUCUAUUGUAAAUAUAUUAGGAUUUGAAAUUGUAAAUAGACGGUUCAUUGACUCCAUUUAGCACUUUGCAGAGAUAAAUCUGGGGAUGAUGUAUGAUGUAUUAUUGAUUUGUAAAUGGAUAUCGUCACUGAAGCGCACAUUAGUCUGACAAGGUGAAAGCUUGUUAGGCUUUUGUUACAGAAACACUAAAAGCUUCUAAUGGUGGUCUCUUGAGCUAAUAAAAUCUUAGGGGAUUUUAGAUUCCCUAGGUGUCUAGGGGAUUAUUUAGGAGAGCUUGACUAAUGUGUGGUAAUAGUGACAUCUUAAAAUAAAAAGAAACCAUGAUCUAGCUUUUGUCCCUCUGUUUGUCCAGGCGGCAGAGAUGUAGCAGGGCCUGGAGGGGCCGGGCGGCAGCCUGCGCUCAGCACAGCUUUCUUCCACCUACAGGAAAGCCUUUCAAAGCCCGUGUGAGCUCAGGGCAGAGCCUUUUACUUUGUGCAAGAGCCUUCGGGAUUGUCCUGGGAAAACCCGUGAUGUUAACCCUUUACAGCCGGGCUGCUUUUUCUCUGACUACUCAUACUUGUACUGAUGGCGUUAAUGCAAACCCUGCUGUCUAGUAACAAGCCGUAGUGAGUCCAUACAGAAACAUGAUGUGGUGUUUGGGGAGGGUGGGGAGUGGUGUGGUGUAUGUUUUGGUUUUUGUGGGGUUUUUUUGUCUUUUGGUUUUUUUCUGACAAGCUAAAUGCACUUGUCAUAUUACUACUGUUCCCUGUUGCCUUUGAGAACAACUUAGUUCUUAAGGAAAUAGACAAAGACUUCACAAGUAAUAUGCUAUCAUAUACCAAAUGAUAUAAGGAUGACUUGUGUGGUUUCUAUGCAGCGCUUAACAUUGUAUAAAUUAAGUACUUACUCUGUUUUAGGUAAUGCUGAAAUCUUACUGCAUGAUGUUGCUUUAAACCUUUUAAAGCUUCUGCCUUGCCUUUGAGAUGCAGCAGUUUCCUGGGGCUGCCUGGAGUGUCUCUGGUGCUGCUGGAAUUCCUCUUAGACAGAAGAAUGCAGAGGGUAUGCAGAGCGCAAGGGUCCUCUUUAAGGCAAAGAAGGAAGUACAUCCAAAGGUGCAUUUCUCGGGGAUACUCUUUCCUCUUUAACUCCUCUCAUCUUACAGAGUGUUUGUUACAGGACCUAGGCUAUUGACGAAAUGCUAAGAUGUUCCUUCUAAGCCUUAGUAUAGCCAUUUGUACUCGGUGUAAUAAGAGAACUGUAACUCAGAGUGGCUCCUUCCUAGACAAAUUUGAGGUUAAAGUAAGAGGAAAUCUAAGCAUAAGUUACCAAGUGGAUGCUUCUGAAUGAGGUACUUGGAGCUGAACUAUUGCCUUUAGCUCUCUGAAAGCUCUGGUGAACUCUAUUUGUGAGGUGUGGGUCUAUGUAAGCUGAAGUCUCUGACAGGCUCUGGUCAUGUGAAUUAGUACAGCAGAUUUAAACGUAUUCAAUGGCUUUGAAUGCAUUUUUUUUUUUUUUUUUUAAUUGUAAACUGUACUGAAAGUGGUGAUUGAGUACAGAUCUUCCAGAAGGACACUUAUGCCAAGCUUCAGUCAAUUGCUGACUGAGAUAUCUGUGACUUGCUAUGAUUUUGUAGGACAACUAUGUCAGAGUAAACUUAGUUUCUACUAUCUUCGACACAAAUAUAUCUUCUCUAGCUCAGAGCUCAAUCUAACUUUGUUAUGGGGCUGAGAUGAUAUGUAUUGAAAAAUGGAUAGGGAAAUCUAGAGCAGUCUUUAGUGGCUCUCUGAAGGUUGCUGAUGAUGUGUUUUCAGACAACUGCAAAGUCAUGACAAGAGUAAUUCUCUGUAUUUCCACUUCCAUUAGUAUUGUCAUGUCAUCCCUAGAGGAGCUCAUCACAAGCAGUCUGGUGCUUUGAUACAUCAGUAAGUAAAGCCGACAGACUUGGUGUGGGAUGGUUUGCUGUUUGGGUCUCAAAACAGUGGCUACUGUUAGGAGAAGUACUAUAUCUGUUUCUGCAGCAACACUAGGAAUCAGCACCAGCAAGAUAACACCAAUCUAAAUGUUGUUUUCUUGCUGGUAAUGAUGGCUUGUUGGAGCAAAACAUUCAACUCCAUACCUCAAAAUAAACCUAUGCAAAAAGUGGAUUUGAGGUUUUUGUGGUGGUUUCUCUGUUCUCCCUUUCCUACUCCUUUGGAAGCAAGGCUUAGGGAGAAGGCUUAGGGCUUGCAGGUACUUUGCUCUUACUUGUAAGUAUUUUUUUGAAAAAACAUGUUACAUAAAUAAGUGUUAAGUCCUGUCUUCAGAUCAAAAACUUUGAGGAGAGUGCAAAGUUCUGAAUUGGCACCUUGGUUUAUGUACUCUUUCCUGUAGUAGGAAUGUUCUAUCCCUUUACUUAAAGGUGUUUUUUCAUUCUUGCGUGCUAAAGUUAGCUAUUUUGUGAGACCAGGACUUAGGCGGCAGGUGGCUGUAACCCCUUUAUGAUUCUUUACGUGUAUCAGUACAGAAAAGGAGAAGCCUGUGGACCGUAGAAGGCGGCAAGUGGUUCUCUCUGCUGUUCCUGUUGUCAGUUCUGUGCCGGCGUGUGCUGAAAGACUUUCUGCCUUUCCCUCUCUUCCUUGCCUGCCGUGGGAAAGCAAAAGGAAGCUGAGACCUUCAGGAGCGGUUGCUUAGUGCCACAGCUGUUUCUUGAAAAGCUAGAGAGUGUGAGAGUGUGCCUGUGCAGGCAAAGGAAUGAGUAACUGGGCACGUAGGGCUUCUCUGCCCCAGUUGUCCUGGUUCAGUGAUCUUUAGGAAACUACUGCCAGUGUAAAACAGGGCUUUGAAACUUCAUUUUUCAGUCUUUCAAAACAAAAUGUCGUUCUUACCCUGUGUUGCCAGCCACGGAAGCUGUCUGGCCCCCCUCCACCUGUGAGGGCGAGCUCCUGUGGGCGGGGGGGCUGCGCACCCUUGGGUGCAGCCGUGGCAGGGUCAGCGUUGCUGGUGGCACCUCCCGGGCCGGCGUGGCCGAGCGCGGCUCUGCAGGGAGCUCCCGGCUUCGUCUCCCAGCACCGAGGGGGUCGCCGCUCCCUGGGAUCUUUGCUGAAGACAUGGAUGACCACGUCCAGCUCUGGUGACAAGGGAAACAUCUACACACUGUCUGGACUUCAGCCUUUUUGUUAUGCAGGUAAGAAUUCCACUGUAAAUUCAGUUGAAGUAAAAUAAAAGCAUCUUUCAUUAAGUCCUAAAUUUUCCCAUUAUUCAGAGAAGUGAGGAUGACUGAAAACAGAGGUUUUAACUUUUGCUUUCUUAUAAAAACUUGCUAGAAUGUGGGUGUGCUACGUCUUACAUGAACACCACCCUGUCCCAGUUAUAUCACUGGAAAGGAGAAUUGCUGUACUGGACAGGUUGUUAGUAGGUUUAAUGCUUUCCUAAUAAGUCUGGUAUUUUGGAACUAGUUUCAAUGAAAACAACUACUAGAAGUCUAACAUCUGCACCCCUUUCUUACCCUACCAGUAGGGGAGAGAUUUCUCCCAGGCAGCCUGAUUUAGUCCAUU